AUGACCUGCAGCGCUUCUUCCUGCACACCAAGCGCAUCCACUGAUCGCCAGAGACUCGUGAAUAACUCACGCGUCAGGUCACUACGAUCCUCGUGUUUGGGCAACCUCAGCAACAAGAUGUCAGGCAUCUGUGCAUGCUCGUUCAGCCUCGAUGGUCGUUUGUGGAUUAAACGAAUCCAGUCGGGUGGGUCCCUCUACGCCUUCGAGUACGGGGUAACUCCCUCAACAUUCCUCGCCAAAAUCCAUGGCAGCACGUGCACCACCGCACCCUCCGACUCGCCCGGGUCCGCCAUCCACCGAGCCAUGUAUUUGCUCAGCAAUGGCUUUGGGAAUUAUGACGUGUUCCUUAACAACUGUGAGGGUUUCGCCCUCUACUGCAUGACGGGCCUACUGACAGUUGACAGAGCCGGGGUGGGGAGGAGCGGGCAGGCUUCGUCUGUGAUCGGGGCCCCGCUGGCCGCCCUGCUCUCGUCCCCACUCAAGCUGCUGAUGUCGGGCCCAGUUGGGGUGGCGGCAGCCACAGCGGGUGUGUACUGUGCCAGCCGCUACGCAACCGAUAUUGGGGUGUGGAAAAACAUGGUGAAGGUGGCGGUGGAGGACCUGGCUGUGAACCUUGGGUUGGGAGACGAUGGCUUGAUCACCGUGGAUUAG